CAUCCUGCUAUUUAGCCUUGGCCAGGGACUCUAACCCUCCUUUUUUUGGCCUGUACCCAAACAUGUCAAACUUCCUGGCGCAAGUAAGAUAUCGUGCUGUGUAGCUCCAGUGUCAGCCAAACGAAUUGCCACAGGGACUGACUUUGUGGAAGUUGCUGCAGGGGCUCCCAGGCUCUGCUCUCUAGCAAUGAAUGCUAAAGCUCUCCUCGUCCUCCUUGUGCUUGCUCUGGUUACGAUCCUUGCUUUAGUAUGUAUGCUGCUGGUCAGGAAAGAAGAGUUUGCUCGCUGUGGUGCCGACUCAGAGACCUCCCUGAAAAGACAACACAACGACGGGAGCUUGGUCUUUGCUGACCUGUCAGCAGGAGAGAUGGUCCUGGUGAGGAAGUAUCUACAGUCCAAUCUGAAUGCGCCACUGGUGGAUGCUUAUCAUGCCGACCCUUCUCAAAACUGCAUUUACUACAUGGAAGUAAAGAUUCCGCCCAAAGAAGAGGUGCUUAAAUUUCUUGAUCACAAAGGGUCACAGCCACCUCGAGAGGCCCUAGUUGUGGUCUACUUUGGAAACCAGGCAGUUCCAAAUGUCACAGAAUAUGUGGUGGGCCCACUGCCAAGGCCAGCGUAUCAUCGGGACGUGACAACGAAUCAAUAUGGACGAGUGAUCUUCUACCAUGAGAGACCUGUGCUUGGUAAUGAAUAUGAGCAAAUGCACGAUGUCGUCAUGGAACAUUUUCUUGAGGCUCCCACUUUCUUGAUGCAAGUAUUUGGGCACAAUGGGAGCAAUUUUGCAGGUCUCACAUCAGCCCCCCGGGGGUUCCAGUCUGGACAUCGGGAAACGUGGAUUGCUUUGUUCCAGAAUGUAAAAGGCUACUUUUUGCAUCCAGUGGGAAUGGAACUGCUGCUAGACCAUAGCAGUCUGAACGUCUCUCGUUGGAGUAUUCCAAAGGUAUUCUACAAUGGUGUGUAUUAUGAUAGCUUUGCAGACCUGGAAAGAAAGUUCAAAGAGAAGAAUGUCCAAGUGACCAAAGUUAAGACAGUUGUGCCUGAUGGAGAAUUUUCCUCAAUGCAUCCCACAGUUACACCUCUGGGAACUGGUCCUUUACACUAUGAGCCUUGUGGGAAGCGCUAUAGUGUGAAAAACAACCAGGUUCUUUCUCUGUUGUGGAGUUUUGCCUACAGGAUGGAUGCAAACAGAGGACCACACAUCUAUGAUAUCAGAUUUAGGAACCAAAGGAUUGUGUAUGAACUGAGUGUCCAGGAGGCUUUGUCUGUCUAUGGCUCCAAUUCUCCUGGCGGGAUGUUAACUCGAUAUAUGGAUGGGAGUUUUGGAAUUGGGAGGUACACUUACUCGCUGGUCAAGGGAGUAGAUUGCCCUUACUCUGCCACCUAUCUGGAUGCUACUUAUUUCUUUGAUAACUGGGAACCAGAGGUGCAGAAGAACUCCAUCUGUGUUUUUGAGCAAAAUGUAGAAGUUCCUUUUCGACGUCAUUUCUCCAACCUUCAGUCCCUCUACUAUGGAGGUUUGCCUGCCACUGCUCUUGUUUUGCGUUCUGUGGCAACCAUGGGCAACUACGACUAUGUCUGGGACUUCAUUUUUCAUCCAAAUGGUGCAAUUGAAAGCAAAGUCCGAGCCACUGGCUACAUCACUUCAGCUUUCCUCUAUGGCGAUGGACUGGAGUAUGGGAACAGAGUUGGAGAUCACACCCUUGGAACAANGCAUCUGCACUACAUUAAUCGCAGAGUUGGAAGAGACCUCGUAGGUGUGAAAAAUUCCUUGAUGUCGAAUGACAUGACCUUUGAGAACAUAAAAGCCCCUUGGAGUCCAGACAAUGAGAUCCGUCAGAUGAAAAUGGUGAAAAAUAUACUGGAUACUGAGGACAAAGCAGCUUUCCGCCUCCACGACAAGAUGCCGAGAUAUGUAUAUUUUGCAGCAAAUAGCAAUAACAAAUGGGGACACAAACGUGGCUAUCGAAUCCAGUUGAUCAGCUUUGCUGGGGAUCAUCUACCAGAGACAGACCCAAUGGAGAGAUCUGUUAGUUGGAGCAGGUACAAGCUGGCUGUCACAAAGCGAAAAGAAAAUGAACCCUUCAGUACCAGUAUCUAUAACCAGAAUGACCCAUGGACACCUUCAGUUGCCUUUGCUGACUUCAUAAAUAAUGAGACCCUUACUGAUGAGGACUUGGUUGCCUGGAUCACCACUGGAUUCCUGCACAUCCCACAUGCUGAGGAUAUUCCCAACACUGUGACACUUGGGAACGCUGUCGGUUUCCUUCUGAGACCUUACAAUUAUUUCGAUGAGGACCCUUCUAUACAUUCUCCCGAUGGAGUAUUCUUCACCAGUGAGCAGGACUUCACUUCCUGUGAUGUCAACCAUCUUGCGUGCCUGCCAAAAACAGCAACGUGUGUGCCCAAACUCCAGCCUUUCACGUAUGAAGGUUUUCAAAAUCUGACAAGACUCUGAGGUCUUCAGGAGUUUGGAUGGCUGGUUAUGUUUGGAGUGGUGGGAACUGGUCACCCUGAUAUCUAAGUGUAACAAGGACUGUUAGUUCUGAUGUUUUUCCCCAAAUCUUAAGCUUGACUUGCUUGCAUUGUGCACAGUUUUGAACUGGUAAAGAAACUGCAAUUCUUUUUCUCCAUACUAGAUUGUUUAGAUCAGCGGUCCUCAAACUUUUUAAACAGAGGGCCAGGUCACAGUCCCUCAAAUUGUUGGAGGGCCAGAUU